CGACACUUGCGGCAGCUGGAGCAGCCCGUCAGCUGAUAUCCGGCACCAGAGCCUUGAGAAGGCGCUGAGCGAAGGAGGUGCAGCAGGAGGAGCAAGAGCUGGCCCCUGAAGCUGGUGGGGCAGAGGAGACUGCAGCCCAGGAGGGGCUGAGAGAGCGUGGCCUUCUCCUUCUCCUGGGCCAGGUGUGAAAACAUAAUGGCAGGCAACAGUUUGGUCCUACCAAUAGUGCUAUGGGGACGCAAAGCACCCACUCACUGUGUGUCAGCUAUACUCCUAAUGGAUGAUGUGUCAAUGAUUGUAACAGGAUGUCAUGAUGGACAGAUAUGUCUGUGGGACGUCUCCUCAGAUCUAGAAACAAAUCCCAGAGCUUUGUUGUUUGGUCAUACAGCUUCAGUUACGUGUUUGUCAAAAGCCAGUUCUUCAAGUGAGAAACAGUAUAUAGUGAGUGCAUCUGAAAGUGGGGAGAUGUGCCUCUGGGAUGUGAAUGAUGGGCGAUGCAUUGAAUUUACUAAAUUAGCUUGCACACAUACUGGCAUACAGUUCUAUCAGUUCACCAUUGGGACCCAGCGAGAAGGGAGACUGUUGUGUCAUGGUCAUUACCCAGAAAUUCUUGUUGUGGAUGCUACCAGCCUUGAAGUUCUUUAUUCCUUAGUGUCAAAGAUCUCCCCUGACUGGAUCAGUUCCAUGAGCAUUAUACGAUCUCACAGAACUCAAGAGGACACUGUUGUAGCAGUGUCUGUGACUGGAAUUCUGAAAGUGUGGGUAGUUACCUCUGAAGUGAGUCAUAUGCAGGAUACAGAACCAAUCUUUGAGGAAGAAUCUAGACCAAUUUACUGUCAAAAUUGCCAAAGCAUUUCAUUCUGCGCAUUUACCCAAAGGUCGCUUUUGGUAGUUUGCUCUAAAUACUGGAGGGUCUUUGAUGCUGGAGAUUAUUCCCUGUUAUGUUCAGUUCCCAGUGAGAAUGGGCAGACCUGGACAGGAGGUGAUUUUGUAUCAGCAGAUAAAGUGAUCAUAUGGACAGAAGAUGGUCAAAGUCUUAUCUAUAAAUUACCAGCCAGUUGUUUGCCAGCUAGCGAUUCAUUUCGCAGUGAUGUUGGAAAAGUUGUUGAAAAUCUAAAUCCUCCUCAGCUCCACUGUGUUGUAGAGAGAGCAGUGGAAAAAGAAGAUAAACGGUUAUUAAUCUGCCCUCCUGUUACUCGAUUCUUCUAUGGCCGCAGGGAGUGUUUCCAUAAAUUGCUAAUCCAGGGAGACUCCUCAGGAAGGCUCAGCAUUUGGAGUAUACCAGAUACCCUUGGUCAACAAAAUGUGACAGAAGGAUUAAAAGUAACGACAUCUACUUCUCUACAAGAAGCAUUCAGCAAACUUGUUCCUCGCCCUGCUGGGAUUAUAGAUCAGCUGAGCUUUAUGCCAAGUAGUGAUGAGCCACUUAAAGUGACAGCAAGUGUGUAUAUUCCAUCACAUGGACGACUAGUUUGUGGCCGUGAAGAUGGAAGCAUUGUCAUUGUACCAGCAACUCAAACGGCUAUAGUCCAGCUCUUGCAAGAUGAGCACAUGCGCAGAAGAGGUUGGCCACCUCAUAGAACUUUGCGGGGUCAUCGGAACAAAGUCACCUGUUUGCUGUAUCCUCAUCAGGUUUCCUCUCGUUAUGACCAAAGAUACUUAGUCUCAGGUGGUGUAGAUUUUUCAGUUAUCAUCUGGGACAUCUUUUCUGGAGAAAUGAAGCACAUUUUCUGCGUGCAUGGUGGAGAAAUUACACAACUGUUGGUCCCUCCAGAAAACUGCAGCUCAAGAGUUCAGCACUGUGUUUGCUCUGUUGCCAGUGAUCACUCAGUAGGACUUUUGAGUUUGCGAGAAAAGAAGUGCAUAAUGUUAGCUUCCCGGCACCUCUUUCCUAUUCAAGUCAUAAAAUGGAGACCAUCAGAUGACUACCUAGUUGUUGGCUGCUCAGAUGGUUCUGUAUAUGUAUGGCAAAUGGAUACUGGGGCACUUGACCGCUGUGUAAUGGGAAUAACAGCUGUUGAGAUCCUAAAUGCUUGUGAUGAGGCUGUGCCUGCUGCAGUUGAUUCCCUUAGUCAUCCUGCUGUCAACUUAAAACAGGCAAUGACCAGGCGCAGCCUUGCUGCACUAAAGAAUAUGGCCCACCAAAAACUUCAGACUCUUGCCACAAACCUCCUCGCUUCCGAUUCAUCUGACAAAGGAAAUUUGCCUAAGUAUUCUCACAACUCUCUGAUGGUCCAAGCCCUGAAGACUAAUAUAACAGACCCAGAUGUCCAUGUACUGUUCUUUGAUGUUGAAGCUCUGAUUAUUCAACUACUAACUGAAGAAGCCUCCAGGCCUAAUACAGCCCUUAUUUCCCCAGAGAAUUUGCAGAAAGCAUCUGGCAGUUCUGAUAAAGGGGGUUCCUUUUUGGCUGGCAAACGAGCAGCAGUCUUGUUCCAGCAGGUCAAAGAAACAAUUAAGGAAAACAUAAAAGAACAUCUUCUUGAUGAGGAUGAGGAUGAUGAGGAAGCAAAGAGAAGAGAAGAUAGUGAUCCAGAGUAUCGGUCAAGCAAAUCUAAGCCAUUAACUCUCUUAGAAUAUAAUCUGACCAUGGACACAGCCAAGUUAUUUAUGUCAUGCCUCCAUGCUUGGGGCUUGAACAGUGUUCUAGAUGAACUUUGUGGUGAACGUCUGGGAAUGUUGAGACCUCACUGUUCUGUCUCUUUUGGUUUACUUUCAAGAGGAGGCCACAUGUCUUUGAUGCUUCCUGGACAUAAUCAGCCUGUAGGCAAAAUGCUCUCUAGUGAUGUUGAGGUAGGAAAGUCUGUUGCUCUCACAGAGGGACAUAUCAGAGGUACAUAUGGUAUAUCACGUGCAGUAACUACUCAGCACCUCCUCUCCAUUAUUUCCUUGGCAAACACCUUGAUGAGUAUGACGAACGCAACAUUUAUUGGAGAUCAUAUGAAGAAGGGACCAGCCAGACCACCUAGACCAGGGACUCCUGAACUUCCUAAAGUGAAAACUCCUGCUCCUGUUGCUAGCCCAGCAGCUCAAGGGCUGAUUAAACAAGUUGCUCCUGCUGUUUCUGCUAGCACUGAAGCUGAUCACUCUGGCUCUGACCCUGCUCCUCCUUUACAUACCUGUUUCUUAGUAAAUGAAGGAUGGAGUCAGCUUGCUGCUAUGCAUUGUGUUAUGCUUCCUGACCUGUUGGGUCUGGAUAAAUUUAGACCACCUCUGCUUGAAAUGUUGGCUCGUAGAUGGCAAGAUCGAUGCUUGGAGGUGAGAGAGGCUGCCCAGGCCUUGCUGUUAGCUGAACUGAGAAGAAUUGAACAAGUGGGGAGAAAGGAAACAAUUGACAUGUGGGCUCCUUACUUGCCGCAGUACAUGGAUAGUGUUAUAUCACCGGGGGUGACCCAAGAAGCCAUUCAGACUGCUCCUGCUGCUCCUGAACAAUUACCAUCUGAAACCAAAGUUCAAGAAGAAGAGCAUGAUUUGCCUGAUGAUGAUAUCUCUGCAGGUUCUCUCUCUGGACUUCCACAGAUGAAGAAGAUAUCUAUGUCAUAUGAAGAAAGGCGAAAGCAAGCUACUGCUAUUGUUUUACUAGGAGUAAUUGGAGCAGAGUUUGGAGCAGAAAUUGAACCUCCAAAAUUGCUGACCAGACCACGCAGUUCUAGCCAAAUUCCUGAAGGGUUUGGUUCAACAAGUGGUGGAUCCAACUAUUCACUGGCAAGACAUACUUGCAAGGCCUUGACAUAUCUUCUGCUGCAGCCUCCAAGCCCAAAGCUUCCUCCUCAUAGCACCAUCAGAAGAACUGCCAUUGAUCUCAUCGGACGGGGGUUUACUGUAUGGGAGCCGUAUAUGGACGUAUCUGCUGUACUGAUGGGUCUCUUGGAGCUCUGUGCUGAUGCUGAGAAACAACUGGCAAACAUCACAAUGGGGCUGCCUCUGAGUCCAGCAGCUGACUCCGCCCGCUCUGCACGACACGCUCUCUCGCUCAUUGCCACGGCCAGACCACCCGCCUUCAUAACAACCAUUGCCAAGGAGGUGCAUAGACAUACUGCUCUCCAGGCAAAUACUCAGUCUCAACAGAAUAUUCAUACAUCUACCCUGGCUCGGGCAAAGGGAGAAAUUCUAAGAGUUAUUGAAAUACUUAUAGAAAAAAUGCCCUCUGAUGUUGUGGAUCUCCUUGUAGAGGUUAUGGAUAUCAUCAUGUACUGCCUUGAAGGUUCAUUAGUCAAGAAAAGAGAGCUUCAGGAGUGCUUUCCAGCCAUCUGCAGGUUCUACAUGGUCAGCUAUUAUGAACGGAGUCACAGAAUAGCAGUUGGAUCUCGCCAUGGUUCAGUGGCCCUCUACGACAUCCGGACUGGAAAAUGUCAGACAAUCCAUGGCCAUAAAGGGGCCAUAACAGCUGUGGCUUUUGCUCCUGAUGGACGGUAUCUAGCCACUUACUCCAACACAGAUAGUCACAUUUCCUUCUGGCAGAUGAACACUUCUCUCUUGGGGAGUAUUGGAAUGCUGAAUUCUGCACCGCAGCUCCGAUGCAUUAAAACAUACCAGGUGCCUCCUGUCCAGCCUGCAUCUCCAGGCUCCCACAACGCCCUCAGACUGGCCAGGCUCAUCUGGACUUCCAAUCGCAAUGUUAUUCUUAUGGCACAUGAUGGCAAAGAACAUCGAUUUGUGGUGUAGAGUCAGGGUGUGCAGUUUUUCCUCCUUUGUUCCAAAUACAAUUUUGUUUAAAUAUCCCCUGUAAAUCUUUCUCCCUGUUUGUGAUUGUAGCACUGGAGGGUCAGAACCAGUUCCCUCAAAGGCUAUCAGGCCGCAUUAGCCAGGUGGUACUCUGCUUCCUUCUCUGCAGCAGAGCCCUGCUGAAGCCAGCUAUUGACCCACAAGGAUGCACAUCAGCCCAGCAGCCUGAAUAACAGUUAUGCCAGUGUGUAGGGUUUUUCUUUUAUCAGUGGCAUGGAAAGGGCCUUGAAAAUGCAACUGCCUUGUUAGUUGUAGUGGUUACCGCCUAACUCUGAAAUACCUUGAUUUUAAGAGUUUUUUUUUUAAAAAAAUCAAUGAACUUGCAACAUUUAAGCUGGGCUAAUCACUUUGAGAAUGACUGAAACAUCCACAGGGUUUAUUUUUUUUAAUUAAAAAACCUAUAAAGUAUUUAGCGUCCUGAUGUUUACGAAAAGCUACAGAAAGUUGUUUACAUGGAUCUCCUUCCAACAGAUGUUGGAGGAUCACUGAGUUAGGAUUUAUUUUAGGCCUUGCUCCAUACUUUCAACCAGUUGGAUGGAGUAGGCUGCCACAUGUCCAUGCAGCUUUCCACAUGUGUAUUCUUGGCAUUUCUUGAUUUAUAGGAUAGAAUUGGAUGGUCCCUAUGUGCAUAGGAGCUCCCAUUUGCCCACUCGAGCUGCUGGUUCACAGCAUCAAAGGUUUAUUAUACUUGUCAGGCUUGGGAUUUCAUGAAAAAAUAUAUGAAAAAGAGGAUUUUCUAUUUCCUUUGAACCAUCAUACUUCCUCAUAUACAUUCCUGGUUGAUUUGGAAGAGGUGACAUAGUUUAAUAAGCAAAGAGACUAUUUAUGUUUGUUCUGUCAGGGAAGGGAGGGUAAGAUUGGCUGCAAUAUUAAUUUUUUAAAUGAAAAUGGCAAGGUUAACAAAAGAAAGAGAAUGGAUAUCAAUGUUUUGUUUUGCUGCUACUAUAGAUAUUAGUCUCUGCAAGUGGUUUCUCUUGUACAGAUUGUGCUUGCACUGGGCCUGUGGACAAUAUAAAGAACCCUCACAACUGGGCCACUGACUUGUAUUGCUUUGCAAAUUAAUUAUGAUGCAGAGUAGUUUCAAUAUUUGAGUGAAAGCCAGAUAUUUAAGCACUGGAAACUUCUGGUGAAGCACAUCACUGGUCAUUACUGCAGAAAACAUAACUAUGCUAACUUUAAUUCCAUUUCAAUAUGUUGGUAUAUUUUUUAUUAACAAGAUAAUCUCUAAUGAUGUUCACAUAUCUGAUAUGUUUUGUGCACUUUUUUAAUUAUUUUUUUAUUUUGGGGGAUCUGAUGAGCACCCAGGUUUUGUUCAUAGGAGGUGGGGAAAAUAGAAUAGGAAACAUUUUAUUUAAACACUGGUAUAUGCACGCAAAGAUAUCUGUGUGAUAUUGACUUGUACUGUAUUUGCUGUAGACCUGGAACACAGACAGAGAGAAUUAUCUUAGUGUAUGCCAGAUCUUGCACAAUUCAAAAUUCAAUUUCAAAAGUGCAACUUGAUGUGAAAAAAAACAAAAUUCAAAAAUAUUACUUGAUAAAAAAAGAGAUUGCUUCUAAGCAGAAAACACUGGGUAGUUUCUUUUAAGCACAGCUUCUGCUGAAAAAAGUAAUGAAAGCUGUGCAAGAGCAAUUCAGUAUCCUUGUAUUUGUUCCACUUUUUUCAGUGGAAAUUGCAUCAGAGCAGUUCCUCUAGUUUGUAUACAUUGUUUCUUUUCUUUUUCUUUUUUCUUUUGUUAAAACAACUAAGUGGUAUGUUUAAUACAGUAUACGUAGGCUACAAUCAACAUAUCUGUCUACUUGAGAUUUUAAAAACAGAGCAAGGAAUAAAAGACCAAUAGGAAUAUUUAUCUGAAACGACUAUAAAAUUAUUAUUUUUUAACUAUUGCAAAGCUUAAGUAAUGUGUUUGGUGAUGGUAAAAAAUCUGUUGUAGAUUUUCAACAUUUGUUUUAAGCGAACCAUUGCAAUAUGCAUGUACAUUGUAGUUAUCAAAAGUGGCUGUGAGAUUUUUAGAAAAACAGAACAAAACAUCUUGGCUCCCACUGAAAAUGUCAUCCCUAUAACAAGUUCUCCCCCCCCCCUCCCCUUUCAAAAGAUUGUGAAUGUUGUCCAUGUCAUUACGAAACUGUGAGUUUCCCUUCUGGCAAUCAGAUGUGGGAUAGUGGUGAAGAAACACAAAAUGGCAUGACACAGGGCACAGUUGAAUUUUGAUACAUGUUACACAAGAAGAGGACUCAGCAAGUGGCUGCUAUUUCCAAAGGCCAGCAACCUCUGUGUGUGUGUGUGUGUGUGUGUGUGUGUGUGUGUGUGUCAAAGUUCCACCUUAUGUGUCUAUUUGGACCUGCUGCAUUGUCUGAAAAGAACACAAAACUUACAUACAUAGCUCCUCAGUUUAUGUUCAUUACAAUAAGGCUUGUGCAGUGGCCCAGCAUAUAUUUUUUUUACAAUGGAUGAUGUGAAGCAGCUAUAUUCAGUGAUUGGAACCCUUACCUGCUCCUAUUUAUUUUUUAAAACAUGCCCUUCAAUGAAUAGGAAAGCUCAUCUAUGUGAAGAAGUAAUUUAAACGGAAGAAUCAAUAUUUAUGUACUAGUAACUGCAACAAUCUUCUAGGCCCUGAAUGGGGACACGGGAGGUGAGGGAACAACUUCGUUGAAAUGAGUGGAAGUGGUGCCACAGUAGCACUGAGUGGAUUUUUAUCUAGAAUUCUCUUAAUGUCCACAUGCAAAUUUGCAUGAGUGACUUUCUAAGUUUCCUCACUGGAAACUUCAUCACAUCUUAGAUCUUUCAGCACUGCAGUAAAAUUUGUAUUGUCAUUCCAGUGUAAGCUUUUAGUGUUUUAUUGAUUUGUUUAGUACUGUAUUUGGAUUUGUCCUUGUAAAUGUAGAGGCGUACGUGGCUUCAUUGGCAGUUUACAAGCAAAAGAUGACAUGAUGAGACACCUGUAUGAAAACGUUGUCAUGACUAUCGUUGCAGUGUAUGGUAACUGAUUAAAAUGUCUGCCUCAAAAAAUGACUUGACAAUUUCACUUAUUGGCUCCUGCAUGUACCAAAGGGUCCUGUGUAUAUAUAGUAUCUCCGAAAUAAAUACUCAAUUGGACUGAAGAAUGCUUUCCCCCAAUCUUCAUUCUGAUUGCUAUACUCAACAACAGUGUAUGUACACAAUAGGCCAAUUUGGAUGUUGCAAUAAACAUAUAGCUGCCAGUGAAAGCAUUCACUAUAUAUUCAAUUCCUCCCAGAUACUGUAACUGAGAAGAGCUUGAGAUGUCACAAAUUUGUGUUCUUUCAUCAGCUGCAAAUAUACACAGAAAGAACAGGCAAAUGCAUACAAUUGUGAUUCCAUCACACCAGCUAAGCUCCAUUUAAUGUUUUAUAGAAGCAGUGGGGCAGAGGGAAUCUAGUAUAGUCAUAGCCAUUUUGGGCAGCAGCCUAUAAUAAUAUCUAGCUUAAUUCUGUAUUAAUUUAAGAGUAACCCUUAUCACAUUUAUCUGGAACGUUACAUUUCAUUAUUGCAGGUAAAGGCUCCCUUUCAAAAGGUCCAGCAUAUUCAUCAGCCAACAAGAAUUAGGAAAUAAUCAAUUAGGUUGCUCUUUUUAAAAUUUUAUGGGUAAUAUGAUUUCAUCCGAAAAGAAAAAUCUUGCCCUUAUACCUAUUUUAAUUGCAUCCUCUGCCGCGCUGGAAAAUGCUGUGUCUCUUUCUCUCCUCCCUCUCUUUUGCUCUCUUCCUUUUUGCCGAAACAGUGAUUGGACCAAUUACUGAGAUGUUGAGUCAAGGACAGCUUCCCAAUGGGAAAGGAGGAGAGCAUGUUGUGUUUGUUUUAUCCAGAAAUGCUGAACUUGGAUCUGCAUACCUGUAAUAUCACUAGUCUAAUGAAUCUACAAAAAGGAUAAUAAGAAAGCAAUUACUUCGGCUUUUUUUUUUUCUUUGAGAUUUUCAUAUGAAAGGAUGGCAUGGGAUGGAUUGAGGUAAUUAUUAUGUAACAGAAGAGUGGGGAGAUGCCAGAUAAUUGCAAGAGUGCUCAUAAUUGCAACACUUCAAGCACCACUUGAUUUUCAAGGUGUGUUCCUGUGUUAAAAUAAUUGAUGGCUUAAAUAUUUUUCCUAUAGGUAGAAUCUGCACUGUAACCGUUCUAUUGCUGAUCACAUAAACUGAUCAAACGCAGAAAGGGCAUGACAUUAAUAGGAAGGUAAAGCCAGGCAGUGCUGGAUGAACUUUCACCUUUCACCUCUUCAGCUGACAGACAGAGCGGAGUGUUGAAAAAAUCAAUACUUAGGAGCCAGGAGGGAAAUAUUUCCAACCUCUAACUAGAGAAUGUAUUUUGACAAGGCCAAGAUAAUCCAAGCUGCACGGGAGAAAGAGAAAAGAAGCCUCAUUUUUAAAGCUUGACACUUCAAGGUGUUUUUGUACAAUGGUUUAGAGAAAGCAUCGAUAACAUACAAAUACCAAAGGUCAAAAAGGAAAGCAGAGAAGAAUUUCAGAAAUUACAUGCAUUGUCUCCUUUCUACUUAUUUUACCAAACAACAAGACUGUAGCCAAAGCUUUGAUUAUCAGAUACAUAUAAUUUAUACAUGUAUGCACAAUAAAGAAUUGAAUGAGCCUA